AUGUUGAGGCUCGUACACAAAACUCACCUCGGGCUCGGUAAAAGCAAGCAGAGAGCUCGUGAAGUUAUGUACUGGCCAGGGAUGAACAGUGACAUUGACACUAUGGUAAGCAUCUGCUCAGUGUGUGCAGAACAGCAGAAUCAGCAACCAGCAGAGCCACUGAAGCCGACGCUGACGCCGGAUCUGCCAUACGACAUGGUCGGUUGUGACGUUUUUCAGUUUCGGUCAGAGAAAUACUUGGUAAUUGUUGACUAUUAUUUUAAGUACAUUGACACUGAAAAGCUAGAAUCGGAGACAACUUCAGAUAUAACCAGUGCACUCCUGAAAGUGUUCAGCUCACACAGUAUUCCGAACACUCUCAGAUCUGACAACGGACCGCAAUUUAGUUCGUCAGAGUUCAAGACUUUCUGUGAGGAGCAUGGAAUCAUUCAUCAAACUUCCAGCCCACACUUUCAAAGCUCGAACGGGGAAGCCGAAAGAGCUGUACAGACUGUGAAACGCCUGUGGAGCAAGUCUCUGAACAAAAACUUGGCUCUGUUGGACUACAGGACAACCCCUCUGGAUGGAGUGAAUCUAUCACCAGCACAGCUUCUUAUGAAAAGGAGGCCCAGAAACUUGUUACCUGCCUCCAAAGCAGUGCUUAAGCCAAGCUCAGUUGAUCCUAAUACAGUUAAAACGCAUUUAGAUCACUAA